AUGCCGAGACUUAAGGGUAAAAAAUGGGAGGAGCGUGAAAAAUUGAUUGAGAAGGCAAUGACCCACUACAGGGAAUCAGGUAACUCUGCAAGUCUCCGGAUUUCCGCCGAGACUUUUGGUAUCUCUUGGAGUACCCUUCGAGAUAGGCUAAAUGGAGAACAAAAUAGGCGAGAGGCAAACAGGACACAACAAUUGCUAAAUGAGGAUGAAGAAGGAUGCAUAGUGAGAUGGUGUCAACGCAUGGAUGAUUGGGGUUUUCCUUUGAGACUAUCUCUUGUGAAGGAGUUAGCCGCAUAUUUGGUCUCUAAACGGAAGGGCCCAGGGCACAAGCUAGGACAACAUUGGUUGGGCAGAUUUUUGGACCGGAACCCAGAGCUUAGCUCCAGGUUUAGUGGACGUUUAGACAGGCAGAGGGCGGUAACAAAUAACCAAGAAUUAUUAAGGGACUUUUACAAAAAGUUGAAGGAGGUGACGGCCAAAUACGACGUCCUACCGAAGGAUACAUAUAAUAUGGACGAAAAGGGUUUUAUGAUAGGCAUGUGUGCAAAAGUGAAAGUCAUUUGCAGAGCAGGACGGAAAAAUCCUCACCUCACACAUUCCGGCAAUCGCAAAUGGGUGACAGUCAUUGAAGCAGUUUCUGGAACGGGGGUAGCAUUACCGCCUAUGAUUAUCAACCAAGAUGAGGCUAUGGAACAGUCUGGAGUUGAUACCGGCAUCAAUAAAGGAACCUUCCUAAAGUAG